ACGUGGCCUGCUUUCUGUCAAGAACGGGCCCGACAACAACCUAGGCCGGACGCUGCCGCCUGAACCAGAGGCAACGAUCGCCUCUUUCCCGCCCGCUCUGCAUCGCCGCCGUUCGCCGCCGCCGCCGACCGAGACAUUCUCCUCUCUACCCCUCUCUUUCUCCAGCCACCGCCGUUUCGUUUCUUCUCUCUCUCUCUGUGUCUCGUCAUGGACCGUCGUCGUUUUCUCAUGCGCUCGUCGACGCAAGCCCGCUCCUUCUUCUCCGCUCCCGCUUCUCGAACUCCGACGGGCCCUUCUCGAACCCGGCUCCAGCCUCCGUCCGGCCACCGUCUCAGCUUCCGCAGAUUGGUCCGCGGCGGCUCCGGGCACGCCCACGCGGCUCCGGCCGCUGGGGACGACGGCCCGCCGCGUUCGGAUAGGGCCGCCGCCCGGGACGCGGAUGAGCUCGUGAAGAUCCUGUCGAGCGCCGGCUCCGGCUCUUCCGUCGAGUCGUCCCUGGAGCGCGCCGCGGCGGCGGCGGAAGUGUCGCCGGCUCUGGUCGCGGAGGUUCUGAAGAAGCUGAGCAACGCGGGUGCUCUCGCGCUCUCGUUCUUCAGGUGGGCUGAGAAAAGGAGAGGUUUUGAGUAUAGCGCCGAGACCUAUCAUGCUUUGAUCGAGGCUUUGGGAAAGAUCAAGCAGUUCAGCUUGAUGUGGAAAGUGGUCGAUGAGAUGAAGCGGAGAGGGUUGUUGACUAAGCAGACCUUCGGGUUGAUCUCGCGCAGAUACGCGAGAGCCAGGAAGGUUAAAGAAGCGAUCGAGGCCUUUGAGAGGAUGGAGAAGUUUGGGUUGAGCUUAGAUUCGUCCGACUUUAAUAGGUUGCUCGAUACUUUGUGCAAGUCGAGAAAUGUGGUGAAAGCACAGGAGGUGUUUGAUAAAAUGAAGGGGCGGUUCAAGUUGGAUCUCAAGUCGUUCAGUAUUCUACUGGAAGGUUGGGGUCAAGAAAUGAACUUUUUGAGGAUGAUGGAAGUUUACAGGGAGAUGAAGGACGAGGGAUUUGAGCUGGAUGUCGUGGCUUACGGGAUCAUGAUCAAUGCGCAUUGCAAGCUUAAGAAGUAUGAUGAUGCCAUCGAGUUGUAUCAUGAAAUGCUAGCCAAGAACUGCAAGCCAACUCCUCAUAUAUUUUGCACUUUGAUCAAUGGGUUGGGGUCCGAGAAGAGGUUAAGUGAAGCAGUGAAAUUUUUUGAGCAAUCCAAGGCCUUUGGGUUUGCUCCAGAGGCUCCAACUUACAAUGCUCUGGCGGGUGCUUAUUGUUGGUCGAUGCGGAUGGACGAUGCUUAUAGAGUUCUGGAUGAGAUGAGAAAAUGUGGUGUCGGGCCAAACUCCAGGACUUAUGACAUAAUUCUUCACCACUUGGUAAAAGCUAGGAGAUCGAAAGAAGCUUACUCGGUCUUCCAGAAGAUGAGCAAUGAGCCAGGGUGCGAGCCAACUCUGAGUACAUAUGAGAUCAUAGUGAGGAUGUUUUGCAAUGAGGACAGGACGGAUAUGGCAUUGAGAGUUUGGAAACAAAUGAAGGAGAAGGGAGUCCUUCCUGGAAUGCACAUGUUCUCUACUGUGAUUUCCAGCCUUUGCCAUGAAAAUAAAUUGGAUGAUGCUUGCAAGUACUUUCAGGAGAUGAUGGACGUGGGUAUUCGCCCUCCGGCUAAUACGUUUAGCAAGUUGAAGCAAUGUCUCCUGGAUGAAGGACGGAAGGAUGAUGUUCUGAAUUUUUCUAGGAAGAUUGACAAAUUGAGGAAAGCACCACUCGUCAAAUUGUAAUAUGCCAAAAGAUUCUGGCCUCAUGACAAUGCCUUGGGUUAUUAAUUUUUCCGGCCCUAUGGUAUAUCGACUCUCACAGCCUCUGUCGGAUGCAUGUGCAACCGCGUUCAAGGACCGACAGUGGUACUGGAAAACCAUUUUGUAAGCAAGGUCUUGAAGUAGGAUCAGGUGGGAGAUGGAUGGAAAUGCGCACUUAAGUUGCUUGCUCACACUUCUCUGUUGAAUCAUUCCUAAUUUUCUCAUCCUUUUCACCCUUCUCCAUAUCUGCCUUUACCAUUCCCAAAGUCAGCAGGUCUUCUUUACCUGCUUUAUUGUUACAUUGCUGCCUACUGCUAGGCCAUGGAGAGAAGGACCAGAACCUCCCAGUUAAUUCCUUCUUCAUAUAUGAGACAGGACAUUCCCUGUCUCAUCUUAUCACUGAUGCUCUGAGCGCGUUCAAUUACCCAUUGUUCGUGCCGGAUGGUAACCAAUUUCGGGAAAAAUAGCCAAUUUUGUUUGCUUGUGUUCUGCGGAUAGGGAAUAUGUCAAAUAAAGUGACGUUCCUUUUUGGCCAGUUUGUGAAAGAGUUGUUAUUGGCGUCUCUUCAUCUGUGAUUUCAUAAUAUUGGAGCCAGAUGCUAUGUUGGAAAAACUUUCUUUUACUAGGAAGUUCCUUUUCUAGGUCAUUUCUUGAUAUGGAAAAACCAAUUGCUGAUUUGUGAGGGUUGAAAAAUUACGUGUUUCACAUUUCAAUUGUAGAAAAAAUGAUAUAUUAUUCCCCUCAUUUGGUUUGUUAUUGAUGAGGCUAAAUGUUAUAUUGGCCUGUUAUUAUAGAAUCUGUUGCAUGUUCUGUUGAUCAGUAAUCCUCCAUGGACCAAGAGGCCUUUGGUCCACUAACCUGCAUUUGAGAGAUGAUAUCAAAGUUAAUUUGAUGUAUUUGGUAUCUGAAACAUAUCUGAUGAGGGUCUAAUCUACAUGGUGCAACAGGAAGAGCUGGUUUCCUUGUUUUCUGGCUUAGGUUGUUUAUGACUGGGAUAUAAACCUGUGGUCUUUGUAAGGCCGAUGUUGAUUAUCGCAAUUAGUCGGUCGCCCAAAAUGUACUUUUCUCUCUAUCCUAAAGAGUAAGCAGGAACUGGAUAUUAGGGGACCUGUCUGGUACAGUUGUAGGCCCCUGCUUAUUCCAUAACUUAGAGACCAGUGUGUUUUUUAUAUCCUUUUGUGAGAAUUUUUUGUGUUUUAUCUAUAUGGUGCUCUGUGGUGUUUGGGCAAGGCAUGACAUGAACAUGAUCCUCUACGAAAUUCUUAUCAUACUACCUGGAGUCCAUGAUGUUUGCUUUAAGCAAUCUUCACCUUCUUGCCAUAUUGUUGCCUUCAGAGCGAUCCAAUGAUCCCCAUUUGAGGUGGUUGUUGUGGAUCCACCAUGAUGGUUCCAGCAAGUCGGAUUGAACUUUUGCUGAGUAAGAGCCAAUCACCACCAAGAAUUUAAACUUCUAAUUUCCGUGCUAACACCUGCUUACUCCUUGUGUCACUCAUAUGCCCUGUAGCAAUAUGCUGAAAUAGCUCCAAAAAAUUUAAAAUGUUCUCCUGACUAUGCUCAGCAUUAACUACAUCCAAAACUCAGACAUGAAUGCAGUUAAGCUCGCACAGUCAUUUCUCGUUAGUGUUCACUUGGGGUGUGAAAGUGGAAGGCAAGGAUCGACCUCUUUGUCAAUAUAUGGUUGUUUCGGUGCACCAUUACAUCAGGUUUUCCACCAAGAUAUAUGAUGUGAUUGGGCAUGAAAACUUUGCCUAUAUAUUUCGGCUAUGCCUGCUGUUUGGUGCCAGUGUUGACUUGAUGGACUAAGGUGUUCCUGAAUCUUACAUAGAAAAUUGACUGCAGGAUCUUUCCCUUCAUGCAGACUGCCCUCAGAUUCUUUAGUUUCUUCCUUUUGCUUUGCUUGACACACUUUCUUCAAAUGUUUUACCUAUGACCUGGAUGCUUUCUUCUGUCAAGUUUCAUAGACCUCUGUCUUGAUUUAUAUUCUCAGUCUUUUUUUGACUCUCAAUACCAAAAACUAAUCAGUACUUUAAGAUCCUUCUCGAGUUUGCCCUUGUGACAUGUGCCAUUUGGUCUUUCACACUGUUCAAGCAACACAUUGGCCGUUUCUUGUCAAUCAAUUUCAUUGCAACUUGCAUAUACUCAAUUGGCAGCCAGCCAGCCUUGAUCCUCUGGUUUCCCUUGCAGAUCUCUUCCAUGUUAUUUUAUCAGUUAGCAGGGAUCUCAAUUUUGUUGAUCACACCAGUGGUCUUGAAUGGAAAGUGACUUUAUUCGGCCAGGAGAACCCAAAUAUUUCAAGCAACAGACCGGUUCUCCUUGGGUCAUGCUGAGCCAAACCUAUCUUGAAUUUUGUGUUUUUGGUUGGGAUAACUUGCCUCCAACCCUUCUUAUGUACUUCAACAACGUAUGGUCGUCGCAAGUAGCAUAUUUUCACUUGAUCAUUUGCAAUUCCCCGAAUUCAAAUCACCACAGUAAACAACGAUUUGAGAUUCA